AUGGCGACCACUACUUUACCACUUACUCACCCUACAUUGUCUUCCACUUUUCCUAAUAUCUCGAAUAAAUUACAUCAUUCUCCUCAGAUUGAAUCCAAUUCUCCUUCUGCAGAAUCGAGUCGACCUUCCUCGAUAGAUUCUCAUCAAGUCGAUUCCAUUCCCGAAGAAUACGAGUACGAGACCAGCAGCGAAGCUGUUAAUGAGCCAAUAACUCCUACAGAGUUCCAAAAUCCUCACCAAAAUCCUAAAGUAUUCACUGGCAGUGAGAUUACUCAUGAUCUCAUUCGUAAGCUUCCACCAUCUUCAAUUCAGCUUCCUACAAUAGUCAAUACUAUUGCGACUCCUUCACCUCGAUCGAACGCGCAGACACCAUUCUCCUUUCCACAAUCCAUUAGAGAAAACACAGACCCAUCUUCUACUCCAACCCCGCUUUCAAAAAGACCAACUUUUACUACAAAAGACUCGGGUCUGAGAGGUAAAGUUUCGAAGUUCUUCAAGAGGUCAAAUUCUCAAAUUGGGACUUCAAGUAUAACCGUCUUGAAUGACCAGACCAAUCUUACAAAUCCGACUACUCUUAAAAUCAAUAAUGGUUCCGAUCCAAUGUUAGGCAAAGAGCAUCGCCGAAUGUCGAUCGGACGAGCAUCAACUUCUACUACAGCAUUCACCUCCCGUACAAACACACCACCUUCACCCAGCACCCCAUCAGAAACGCAAUCAUCGCAAGAAAACUUGUUCUCAAACACAAGACCAAGCGAGAACCUCAAUAUGACCAAGAAACAAAGAUCUUCGACGGGUCUGAGCAUGAGCCUGAUGAAUGUAUUCCAGAAUCAUGGACCCAAAAUUGCCUUUGAUACAUCGGCAAUAGAAGAUAAAUCCAAAGCUCCUCAACGUGCCACAAGCGUUGAUUGGGAUUUGAACAAUGGCUUUGCCACGGAAGGGGUGCAGCAGAUGUUGCGAGAGCCUUGGGCCAUGCCGGCCGAGACCGGAAUUGGUCUGAAAUCAAGACGUAUGAGUAUGAGUCUACCAGAUGACCUCCUGGUUGAUGUCGUAGAAUUGGAUGAAGAAUAUCAUCAGCAAACUACAUUUAUAGGACGUCGUGGAAAACAGGUCGGUAAAGGUGCCACAGCCCAUGUGAAACUUGUCGUUAAGAAUGGCUCAAGCAAUAUAUUUGCUGUGAAAGAAUUCCGUGGUAAGUCUACGACGGAAAAGGAAGAAGACUAUGAAAAGAAAGUCAAAUCAGAAUACUCGAUUGCAAAAGCCGCCCGUCACCCAAACAUCGUACAGACCUUUCGACUUUGUACACACAAUGGUCGGUGGAACCAUGUGAUGGAGUACUGCGAACAAGGCGAUCUAUUCAGUCUCAUCAAUCAGAAGUACCUCAACAAAGAGGACCAUUUAAAGGAUCGUCAAUGUUUAUUCAAGCAACUUAUUCAAGGCAUUCAAUUUCUUCAUAGUAACGGAAUCGCUCAUCGAGAUAUCAAGCCUGAGAAUUUAUUGAUAACCAAGGAUAGUAAGCUCAAGAUCACAGACUUUGGUGUUUCCGAAGUCUUUGCUGGUGUUCAUCCUGGUUUCAGAGCCGCCAGAGGUGAAUGUGGAAAGGAUAUGACUGAAACCAGACUUUGCGCUCCUGGUAUCUGUGGCAGUCCUCCCUAUAUUGCCCCAGAGGUUCUGGAGAAGCAAGGUGAAUACGACCCAAGACCUCUAGAUGUAUGGAGUGCUGCUAUAGUUAUGCUCUGUAUGACUGCCAGCGGCUGUCUUUGGGAAAGAGCCAAGCCCAACACAUCCCCCCAUUACGACGAACUCGUCCGGGGCUGGGAUAAAUGGAAUGGCAAGCAUAACGACUGUUCCAUAACAGACUCUGAUUAUCCUCACGUUUCAUUUUUCGACAAACAUAUUAAUCCACCCGCUCUUCGUCGCAUACUUCUUACAAUGCUCAAUCCCGACCCUAAACAAAGAGCGACUAUUGCAGAUGUGGCAAAAAAUCGUUGGAUGAAGAACGUUGAGUGUUGUCAGAUUGAUAGUUACGAUGAACCCACUACAAUUAUCGAUGCGAGUAAAUGCUCAGGCCUAGGGAAUAGGAGUUUGAAUAGAGUGGUCGGGCAUAAUCACUUACCGCCCAAAGAACAUCAUGGGCAUAAAUUGGUUAGGUUACCCGGUAGUACGGAUAUGUAA